AUGUCCAUUCCCCACCGCAUCACUCCUUCACGUCUGAUCGAGACUGCUCAUGGAACGCCCCCGAGGCAAGCCCCGAGGCAUCCGCCGCGAUCGAGACUGCCGCCUCUGCAAGGCUCGCGGCGUCAAAUGCGACCUCAACCGCCCACGCUGCCAGCCCUGCGUGCAGGCCGGCCUGGCCUGUGGCUAUCCCCAGCGCGUCGUCUGGGCCGGCGAGAGGCGGAAGAAGCCAUCUCGACCGCCAGUAAGAACCCCUCCGACAAGGCCAUCCAGCUCGUCUCGCGCGUCUGGGACUUUGUCGUCUCCCGCAUCCACCGGUCGAGAUCGACCGAUGCCGACGCCGACGCCGUGCGCUCCCACGUCGCCGCCCUUAUGGGCCUGAACGAGGCCAUCCAGCAGGCCCACCCCAUCGCGCUCUUCGGCAUCGCCACCUUCGCCUUCUUCGAGGUCUGCGAGGGCCCCUUUGGCCAGUGGCAGCGCCAUCUGUACGGCGCGCGCUCGCUGCUCGACCUUCACUGCCGCUGCCGCGCGGACCUCGACCGGCUGUCGCAGCAGAUCUCCGGCCUGACCGAGAUCGUCGCCCAUCUGGUGUGGUUCGACGCCAUGGGCGCCAUCAUCCGCGGCAGUCGCGGCUUGAUUUUCGACUACUGGCACCGCGAGACGCUGACCGACAGCUUCUUCGCCGUCGUCGGCUGUCCGGCCGAUACGUUUGCGCUGUUCGUCUCUCUGGCCCGGCUGCAGCCUGAAAUGCAUCCUCUCGACCUGAGCUUCCGCGCCAUGGACCAGCUGCUGAAGCUGCAGCGGGCGCAUCCGGACGACGUGACGGAGCGAGGCCAGACGGCCAACGCGUGGCGCUGCGCCGCGGUGAUCGCCAUCCUGAGCCGGAUCGACGAUGGCAGUUCAGCCCCAACGCGACGGACGACCCUCGCCGCCGUCGUAGACCGCGCCUGCCAGGCGAUUGCGUCCAUUCCGCCGUCGUCUGGGUUCUACGUCCACCUCGCGGCGACGGCGUACCUUGCCGGCCUGAACGCGACGACAACGGCCCAGUGCGACGUCAUCCGCACGUACUGGCAGAACUGCCGCUCGGGCGCGUUGUCCUAUUACCCGGAUGGCCUGGAGCGGUGCGAAGAGAGAUGGCGGGCGGAGGGGUUGGCCAGGAGUGUCUGA